UCACGGAAGUGGCUUCCUUCGGCUGACAAGCUAGGCGUUUGUGGCUGCGCCUCGCCGACUGACGACUACUACACAGAAUGACAGGAGUGCGAGGGCCCGGGGAGAGCCGGGCCGCCGCCGUGGCCGUGGAACAGGACAUGUUCGACGCCGUCGUGAUGGCGGAUGAAAGAUUCCAUGGGGAGGGAUAUCAGGAAGGCUAUGAAGAAGGCAGUAGCUUGGGAAUCGUUGAAGGAAGGCAGUAUGGCACAUUACAUGGAGCCAAAAUUGGAUCUGAGAUUGGGUGCUACCGUGGUUUUGCUCUUGCAUGGAAAUGUCUCCUACAUAGUGGUGCUGGCGAGAAAGACAGCAGGAAAAUGAAGGUGGUGGAGGCUCUGAUUGCACUGCUGCAACACUUCCCCUAUGAUGACCCCACUUACGAGAGGCUCCAUGAAGACCUGGACAGAAUCCGAGGGAAAUUCAGACAGCUGUGCUCACUGCUCAACGUGCAACCUGAUUUCAAGGUGACAGCAGAAGGCUCUGGACUUGCGUUUUGAGGACUCAGAAGAGCAGAUGUCUGCACAUUAAGUGUCAGAGUGAUUAAAAGUGAGCCUGAGUGGCACUCAUUGUUCUGUGGGAGGACCAGUGUGGCCUCUUCCCUAAGGCUCUUCCUGGGUGGCUGGCCAAAAUUGACUACCCUGCUUUCUGCACAGAGACUGCUUGCUGCUGGCCAGAGUGAGUGUGUUUGUCAUUCCAGUGGUCCGAGUAGGUUACCCUGAGGGUAGAACUCAAGGAAGACAAGCUGAUGUGAACAGAGUUUAAUGGGAAUGUGGGCUGAGCCCCUGCUGUGCACUUGGGCUUCCUUUGUUCCACUCCAUCCCUCUGGCAGCCCCAGAGGUGGAUAUCAUUCAGCUUUAGAGGUGAUGAAAUAGACCCACCUAGUCUACGGGGCCUGGCGGCAGAGCUACCUGCUGCCCCAGAUUCAUCUUCUGUAGUGCCCUCAUUGCCUACACCAUUGAGACCCUGUCCUCUGUGGCAGAAGACCCACGUUACUGCAGUGUGCACAGGGUUCAGGCUCCAUUGGGCUUGGUUUGCCUCUGGAUACCCAGCUGAGAAGACAAGGCCAGCCUGAUCUCUAGGAAGCUGAGGCAUGGCCUUCAUGCAGCCCCAGGUGAGAGAUGAAUUCUACACAUUAAGAAGUGGCAAUGGGGGAACUACUGGGAUCUAAAGCAGACAGAUGGUGGUUGCCGCUGUGAACGUGCAGGGGCUCACCUGUGUGACACUUCUUUAACAGCAGCUUGCGUGUCUUGCAUGGUAUUCACAGGCAGGUAUAAGGGGAGCUGGCAAAAGUAGGUGCAGUGCUCCCAAGCAUCUCAAGGGGGGAUAUACAUGACAGCAUGUGUUGAUAUGCCCUCUUUUGGGUGGCCCUAUUGUACCCUGACUGUCCCUAUUUCAGUUCCAGGACAUGAUGUGAAGGGGUCACUUGGAGUUUUGGGUUCUUUUUUUAAUUUUAAUUUUCUUUUAGAGACAGAGUCUUACUAUAAAGCCCAAGCUGACCUUAAAGGGUGAUCUGGAAUCUCAGGCCUGUGACCCUAAGACACUGUUUUUAAAUACCUUUUCAUAGCAUCUAGAUAGAUUAGGGACAUCUGUACAGCUGGAGCUCUUCCCUCAGCUGGACCAGAGGGAGGGCUGGUGCUCAUGUGUGAGGCUUGGGAUGCCAUGUAUCUGGCUUCCUGAGCCUGGCAGUGGCCUCUCAGGAGUCCUGCACCAUUCUCUCAGCUCCUCCCAGGAGCAGGUGCUCUUCAGGAUGCUUCUCUGGGUGCUGAGCUCAGAGAGCAAUGGCUACUGUUUUGAUCAUAUUUUUCUUUUCUAUUUGAAGAAGAGAAUAAAUGUAUUUUAAAGGUA